AUGUCUCAACAACUUGUAUUUAGUGAUCAUUUCAUCCAUGAUCUGUACGGGAAGCACUCAAAAAUUGAUGAAAAAUUAGAAUUUACUCCUCUCGGAAAAUUGCAUUAUAUUCAACUUUUAUUAAAUAAUCAAAUAGUAGAAUCGGAAGAAGAAGCUUCUUCAUCACCACAAACAAUCGGAAUUAAUCGUGAUGAAAAACAUUUAAUAAUUUUAUUACAUGGAUCAUUUCAGACUUGUCAUACCUUUGAUGAUUUUGUAGAGGAAUUUUACAAUUAUUAUCAGAAAGAAGAAAAUAAUUCAUUGCAACGACACUCAUUGAAUAAUAGAUUUCGAUUUGUUUCUGUGGAUUUGAGAGGGCACGGAGACUCUGCACACACUCCAAAUCAAUAUAGUAUGGAUGGAUUUGUGGCUGAUUUAAUCUUGUUUGUGGUAAGAUAUUUGGAGAAGGAAUCAUUUGAUAGAGUUUCAUUUGUUGGUAUGAGUUUGGGUGGAAUUAUUCUCAUGAAUGCUCUGCUCACCGAUAGGAAAUCAACUCUUUCAUUGAGUGGUGGAAUCAAUUCGGAAACCUUAUCAAGAUUUGAGAAAAUUUUAGCAAAUCAUUUGCAUUCAAUUUCAUUAAUUGAUAUUUCUCCUGAUCAAAUUCCUGUCCAUUCAAUAAUUCCACAAGGAACUCAAAGUGUCUCUCAACAAGUUAAAUCCACUCAAACAUUUAAUACAUUUGAGGAAUUUUUGGCUUGGGCUCAAAAGUAUAAUCCAAGGAGAAGUGUUGAGAAUUUGACCACUCGAUUGAAAUACUCCUUGAAAUGCAAUCCAGAAACAAAUUUAUGGACAUGGAAAUAUGACACCACUUUUAGUAUUGAUAAUAUGGCAGCAAACACUGAAAGAAAUUUAAGGGAAGAAUUAUGGAAAGCCCUCGAAACAAAGCAAGAUUAUCAAAAUGUCAAAGUCUCCAUCGUUAGAGGUGCAGACAGCUCUGUAACAACACGAGAACAAUUGGAAAGACUAUUCAAUUUACUCUGUAAAAAUUAUGAAUGUAAUUUUAUUGAAAUUUCCAAAGCUGGUCAUUCAGUUCUUGGUGACAAUCCCAAAGAAUACAUUGAAAACUACUUUGCUCAAGUUUUCAUUCCUCAAAAAAGAUCAAAACAUUAA